CCCAUCCUUCAAUAUGACAUCAUCCGUACUCCCGAAGAACAAACGCACCAUCCACACCGCAGCAUGUCUGAUCAUUGGCGAUGAGGUACUUGGAGGCAAGGUGAGUAUCUUAUCCUCAUCACCAAUGUCUCAUUUCUCAUUCACUAUUUAUUCACCACCGCACGCCACCCUGCUCCUCCUCAAUUGAGAAGGAAGUGGUGUGUCCAUAUCCAACCAACCCCAACCCAUCUGCGACGCAAACCCAUUCCCCACCGACCGAACCACCCAACUAACCACUUCCCCCCGCAAAUCCUCCAGACAAUAGACACCAACUCCGCCUUCUUCGCGAAAUGGUGUUUCUCGCUGGGCAUCCAACUGAAGCGCGUGGAGGUGAUCGCGGACGACGAGAGCGAGAUCAUCGAAGCGGUGCGGCGCAUGAGUGAUCGGUACGACUUUGUAGUGACCAGCGGAGGCAUUGGACCGACCCACGACGAUAUAACCUACGCCUCGAUCGCGCGCGCCUUCUCCCUGCCGCUCAAACUCCACACGCCGGCCUUCGAGCGGAUGAAGCGCCUCUCGAAACCGCACCCCAUGCAACCGGCCUUUGACUGGGACACGCCGUCGGCGAGCCUGACGGCCAAGCUGCGGAUGGUGGAGCUGCCGCACGACGCGAGCCUCCCCGAAGACGAGCAGGCCAUCUUCGUGGCGGACGACAUGUGGGUGCCGAUCGCGAUCGUGAACGGCAACGUGCACAUCCUGCCGGGGGUGCCGCGGCUGUUCGAGCGGCUGCUGGAGCACCUGAAGCCGACGCUGCUGCCGCGGCUGGUCAACCCGGAGGAAGGCAAGGGCAUCUACCGCUACCUGUUCAGCACCCCCUUGCCCGAGAGCGACGUGGCCGGCUACCUGACCGAGCUGGCCGCCCGCGUCGCCGACCGCGGCGUCAAGGUCGGCAGCUACCCGCGCUGGGGCAACAAGCGCAACACCGUGACGCUGGUCGGCACCGACAGGGAGCUGAUGGACGCGCUGAUCCCCGAGGUCGAGCGCGAGGUCCAGGGGAAGAAGGUCGCCCGCGAGGAUGAGUUGGAUCCGCCUUCCGAUGCUGAGGAGGAGAAGUAAAAUUUCAAAAGAAUGGUUGACGCAAAAGAUUGGAAAAGCGUCUCAGUCAACCCCGUUGAGCUAGAAUUCCGGGGGGUAUAUAGAGAAAUCCAGUUUGCCGGGAAGGCCCCGGCCCCGUCGGACCGUCCGC